UAACAGCUAUUGGUUUUCUCUCUUCCUACUCCUUUUAUUACUACUCUCCUCAUUCAAAAGAGCGAGCGAGUGAGAGAGAGAAAGCUGCUAACGGGGAUUGGGCAUGGCUCCGGUGAAGGAAGGAGAGUUACCAGUGACCGAUCCGUCGACGAGAAUGAAAGAACAGAGUCAACGCGACUACAAGGCCACGGCCAUGACGAAGAGAGGAGUCUAUGCUGCCGUCUCUUAUAUGGUCUGCGCUGUUCUGUUGGUAAUGUUCAACAAAGCAGCUCUUUCUUCUUACAGUUUCCCAAGUGCAAAUAUUAUCACUCUUUCUCAGAUGCUCUGUUCCUGUACAAUCCUGUAUGCAAUGAAAUACUGGAAGAUCAUUUUUUUUACAUCCAACGAACCGCUGAGUGCCAGUAAUAAUCCAGUUACCCUUGUACCAUCUAAAACGUUGAUUCACGCCCUCCCGAUGGCCUUUUCAUAUUUGCUUUACAUGCUGGUCACAAUGGAGUCUGUCCGUGGCAUAAGUGUUCCCAUGUACACCACCCUCCGGAGGACUACUAUUGUUUUUACUAUGAUUGCGGAGUAUCUUUUGAGUGGGCAGAAGUAUUCACCUCCUGUUGUUGGCAGUGUUGGAAUAAUAAUACUUGGUGCACUCAUUGCUGGAGCUGGAGACUUGGCAUUUGACAUUUAUGGCUAUGGUGUUGUUUUCAUUGCAAAUAUAUGUACAGCAAUGUAUCUUGCUUCUAUUGCUCGUAUUGGUAAAUCGAGUGGCCUCAAUAGUUUUGGUCUUAUGUGGUGCAAUGGAAUAAUAUGUGCACCAGUUUUGUUGUUUUGGACAUCAAUCAGAGGUGAUAUAGAAGCAACACUAAACUUCCCACAUCUAUUCUCCCCAGGCUUUCAGAUUGUGAUGCUUUUUUCCUGUAUCAUGGCUUUCUUGAUAAACUAUUAUGUAUUCUUGAAUACAACACUCAAUUCAGCUCUGACGCAGACAAUCUGUGGUAAUCUGAAGGACCUUCUUACCAUUGCACUUGGCUGGCUAAUAUUUGGUGGGCUUCCAUUUGAUUGGUUGAAUGUUGUUGGUCAAUCACUUAGUUUCUUUGGAUCCUGUUUAUAUGCGUACUGUAAACUCCGAGGGAAAUAGUGCCGAAGGCACUGCAUGGGGGCUCUAUACCGGAGGUACUACUGAAAUGGCACUCCCGCUGCUGCCCAAUUUUGAUUCUACAGUAACAAAUACCAGAGAUCGUAGAUUCAUCUCUUCUCUUGUUUAUUUAAAUAGAAAUUCUUGUUUGAUAAAAGAAGAAGAAAAAAAAAAGAAAAGGAAAGUGGAAUAUCAGGCUAAAAGAAAACCAAAUCAAUGACAAAGGAAACAAACAUUUGAUAAUAACGCAAGUUUAAAGCAUUGUACUCUUUGAGCGUUAGGCCUGGGCCUGGCUAUGAAAGGAAAAUGGAAGAUCAGGCGAAAAGAAAAUCAAAGCAAUGAUAAAGGAAACAAAAAGUUGGUAACAACCCAAGUUUAAAGCAUCGUACUCUUUGAGCUUUAGGCCUGGGCUUGUCUACCCUUCGUGCGUAGUAAUUUUGGGCCAUUGCCGGCGUCCUGAAACUCCUAGCCAUGCGCAGUUUCAUAUUCUGGUGAUGUUUUCACCCGGAAGUCGGAAAUGGUUUGGGCGAUGGAAUGGUGUAGAGAAAAAACGGGAUCAUUCACUUGGAAAUUUGUCAAUCUGGCAGGCUUUUGCUAAACGAAAACAUCGUGAAUUACAUAUGCAUUCACGUUCUCGAUCAAUUAUAUGGCACUUCUAGGAGCAAAGGUAAGUAAGAAGACUUUAUGACCGUAAUUACUCCUAUGUGAAUAUAUAUAUAUAUACUCGUGUUACUGGAUUUCAUAUAUGUACUUCAUGAGGACUGAACUGUGAUUUCUUUUUCUUUUUCUCUUUUGAGGGGGUUAACUCGGGCCUGCCUUUUUAAAAUGUUAGUGGGCUUGUGGAAAUGGAAGAACAGAAUAGAGAACGACGGAAAAAAAGAAAGAACGAAGUAGUCUGGCUGAAGCGAACUUGUGAAGUAGCCUACCAAAACAACCAAGUUAAAGAUACUUGCAGGAAAUUCCAGGUUGGAAUGGAUAGCGACUUCAAACAUCUUAAUUCAAAGAAACCAGUUUGAACUCUUUGGAAAUUUUCAAAACCUUUUUUUUUUCCCUGAUUGAGCCAAGAAUAAAAAUGCCGAAAUAAAAUUUUCAUC